AAUUGCUGCAAUCUAGAAACAUGUUAUUUUGACGUACUUAUAGCUUUGGCUCACUCCGACUUUAAAUAUGAAGUUUGGUGUGUAUAUAACAUACACACUCAAAGAAAACUGCAGAUGCUGUUCAGAACUAUGCAGAGAACACAAAUAAUCCAAAAUCAGAAUAUCUGGCUGAAUAUCCCAUUAGGGACUGGUGGAGAUCGAUUGCAAGCAGUUCGAAAAAUGAACCUGGUGUCGUUAAAAGAAAUAUUAAUGGUGGACAGAAAAUACACAAUAAAUAAAUUUAAAGAUGAAUUUGACUGGUAGCAUUAUUAUAACUGUUUAAAUUUUCUAUAGAUACCGCGAUAAUAUCAUCAUUGUGAAUUCUUUUGGCCAUGAUAAUACGUAUAGUGAAAAUUGGAUAUCAUGACAGUCCUGCUACCAAAAGUGUACUGUAAAAGUUCACCGGGGUUUUGGUUCCCAAUCCAAAAUUCUUUAGCCUUCUUGGGAAGAACAGCCUCUGGUGAGCCUUAUUGAGGGUGUAGCUGGUGUUUAAAGACCAUGAGAUGGAGUUUGAUCUGGACACCUGGGAACCUGAAGCUGCUGACUUGCAGAGCAUCCUGAAUCUCCUCCAUGAUCUCGCAUUGUAUGUAGGCCAUGAUGCAGGACAGUGGAGGAAUAGUCUUUGGGCUUGGGUGCCACGUGGGUGCUUCACAAUUUUUGCAAUAAGGUUCAAGUCAGGGAAGUAGGUAACUGUAAAAUUAAACAUGGUCAAGAAGAGAGCCCUCCUGGACCUGUCUAGGGUUAAGCUACUUAGUUCCAGCAGCUGACACAGCGCAGCUAAGUCCAAUUUUUCAGCCCCUCCCCCUUUUGAACUUGCACCCCUAGCCUCCUCUCGUAAGCCUCCAGUGUGCCCAGACUCCAACAGGUCAUCGCCUGCCUCAGGAACCACCUCUAAAUAACUAGAAAAUAUAAGGAAGAAAUGAACUAAACAUCAAUUCUCAGUUUUGUUUUUUUCAUUCAGUUACAUUUAGUAAUUAUUUUUCUCAGUAUAAUGGUUUUAGCCACAAACAGUAUAUUUUCAUAUAACCUAAAUGUCAGUGCCUUUAAUACAGCAUUACUUGUAGUUUUGUCUCCAAGUAAUCUUUAUACCCUGAUAGGUAGGACCAAUAAAUUCCAAGCUUUGUGUAUCUUUGGUCUUUACUUACCAUAUAUAAAUGGUCCCACAAUUCACAUUGGAGACUUCUGCACAAUGCCAGAUUUUUAUCCACAGUCAUUAUUUAAGUGAUCAAAACCUUUUUAAAUGUGAAAGAUCAUGGCAUGACCUUUUUUUUCUCAUACCAAAGCAAUGCCAAGAUCAUUACUUCCUAGGAUAUCAUCAUAUGAGGUCAUUGAUAACACACUGAAUAUUUUCUUUGUUUAAAAAUGGUAGGAAGCUCCAUUAAGAAGUUUGUUUCUGUAAGUUUAAUUCAUUUAAUUAAAGAAAAAAAUCUAUAAAAAGAAGAGAAAAAGUUUUAAAACCCUUCAAAAAGCCUUCAUCUUUUACUCCCAUCAUUUACUAUGUUGGUAGUCAAAGUUUCUAUAUUAAUGAACAGUAGUAGUCACAAGUUGGUUAAUUAUUAAGCCAGUUAUGUAUUUUGGUCUUCAACACAGCGAUAAGCUGCAGAACUAACAAAUGCACAUAUUCAUACAGCCAGGGCUAAAACAAGAUAUAGACACAGAAACUUCAAAUCUAAUAUAAGGUGCAGAAACACUUAUUUUACAGAGUAUUUCCUUGGUUACAUGAUGCAUUACUAACUGGACUCCAUUCUCUAAACUGUCUAAAGGUUACAAGGUUACAUUACAUUCUGAAAGUUACGUCUUUAUAGUAUUGCCCUAAGGAUUAUAAUCAUUAAGUGUUAUACAGUGUUAAAUAAUAUUCCAUACAACCCUGAACCGAGGCAACUUGGCCAAGCACCUCUGACCUGAAAGGAAUGACAAAGAUGGGUGUGGAAUCACUGAUGCCUGUCCAAUGGAGUCCCAAGUCCAUCUGAGAUGGAAGGAGGGUUGGGCAUGGAUUUGGCUACCCCACCCCAUUAAAAAAAUCCUUAGCUACAAAAAUGCCAACAAGAGACAAGAUACCUGAGUACUGUGAAGAGAUAGGUCUUCAUUGAGUUUACUUCAAGUCUACAAGCCACGUCGUCUACUCAGGUCACAGUAUGCAGGUCUCCUUGUCGUUCCACAUAUAAAUAAAAUGACAGUUGGCUGUAAAGCAUUCUGCUACAGGGCCCCCAUACUGUGGAAUGGUUUACCAGCCUAUGUUUGGGAUGCCGAUUCGGUCUCGGUCUUUAAAUCUCGACUGAAGACCCAUUACUUCAGUUUAUCUUACCCACAGCCUACCACACCAUAACUAUGGCUGCAUGUUCUGACCAUCCAUACUCUCUGCCUUUCUCACAUGUCCGGGUGGUGCCCGGGGAGUCCUGGUUCAGUCCCAUGGAGGGGUGACAUCACAAAUGGGACCUACAAACUGUAUCAUCGUGGGUGCAGCCUUCAGUGCCACCCGACACAGCCCAACGUGGAGGAAAGACUUUGGCGACCCUUCACAGGCCAACAUGGAUAACAGACUCAUUGACGGACUUUGCCUCCAUUCUUAAUCUACCUUUUAGCAAGCAUGUCCACUCUUUUCUGUUUUCGGUAAUGUUAGUAUGCCUGGGGGGGGGUUUAGCCAGGUGACCUUGGACCCCCAGAGAUUUUUUUUCUCCUUACUUGGGAGUUUUUGAUUCCUCUCCUCCAUUGUCUUCAGGUUUCUUUAUUCACUUUCCUUACUUCUUGUUCCCAUUCUCUAUUUCUCUCUGGUUAUGUUUAAUGUAAUCAGUACUGCACAAUAUGUGGAAGAAAAAAUAUGAACAUCGUCAUUGUUGCCGAUAAUACAUCAAGACUGAUAAAUUGUGAAAUAGCCAAGCAAAGUGAACAGAAACAGUGACUUUUUCAUAUCUAAUUGUCCUUAGGAGUGCUGCACUGUAACCCCUUCCAUUUACAAUGAAAUGACUUCCGGGCACACUAAACUCUCUCUCUCUCUCUCUCUCUCUCUCUCUCUCACAUACACAAAUUUCACAUGAGUGCGCAAGUAGUUUGAGCGUGUGCAAAUGUUUUAGUGUAUUUCACCCUAAUCCCCGGCAAUACACCGGCAUAAUAUUGUCAAAUGACAGGAUCAACACAAAGCUUCUGCUCUUCAGUGAUCAUCAGUGUUUCCUUCAGCUGCAGCCUCGUUUCUCCCAUAAGCAAUGACCGCAGCCUCUGUGCUUUGGUUUUUUGAAUGGCUCGAUCGUGGGAGUAUUUUUUCAUUUUUUGCUGUGUUUUUUAUACUUGGCGCCUUAAUAAGACAGAAAGGCCCUAAAAAUUACCCCCCAGGACCCUGGCCAUUACCUUUUGUUGGCAAUUUAUUUUCCUUUGAUUCAUCAAAAAUCCACCUUCAGUUUGCCAAGCUUUCCAAGCAAUAUGGAAACAUUUUCAGUCUUCGCCUGGGACAUAACAUCGUUGUUGUGAAUGGUUUUAAACUUGUGAAAGAAGCCCUAGUUCACCACGGGGAAAACUUUGCAGAUCGCCCCGAGCUGCCUUUACUUGAAGAUAUUGAGCAUAACCAAGGUCUGGUGGGCUCCAGUGGCUACCUGUGGAAACAACAAAGAAGGUUUGCUCUCUCAACCCUGAGGAACUUUGGACUGGGCAAAAAGAGCCUUGAGUCCUCCAUUCAGGUGGAGAGCACGUUACUGAAUGAGGUCAUAGCCAAUACACAAGGCCAACCAUUUGACCCUCAGUUCACCGUGAACAAUGCCGUCUCCAACAUCAUCUGCUGCUUGGUGUUUGGGGAUCGCUUUGACUACAAUGACAUCUACUUCCAAACUCUGCUGAAGCUGAUCAGUGAAGCUGUUUAUUUAGAAGGAAGCAUUUGGGCUCAGAUGUAUAAUAUUUUCCCCUGGUUGAUGCGGAGGAUCCCUGGUCCCCACAAGAAAAUACUGUUACACUGGGAAACUGUGAUCUCUUUCAUACGGCUGAAAAUUAAAGAGCAUCAGGAAGACUGGGACCCAUCAUCUCCUAGAGACUAUAUUGACAGCUUCCUGUUGGAGAUGGAAAAGUGGAAAGAUGAUGUUCACGCCGGUUUUAAUGAGGAGAACUUGUGUUACUGCACCUUUGAUCUGUUCGUGGCUGGAACUGAGACUACAUCUACUACGCUGUACUGGGGCUUGUUGUACAUGAUCAAAUAUCCAGACAUACAAGAGAAGGUGCAGGAUGAGAUAGACAGUGUGAUUGGACGGUCACGUCAGCCCAGCAUGGCAGACAGACCAAACAUGCCGUACACUGACGCUGUCAUCCAUGAAGUACAGAGGAUGGGCAACAUUAUACCACUGAAUAUUGUACGUUCAACCACGAAAGACACAGAGCUGGGAGGAUACACAAUUCCAAAGGGAACGACGCUGAUGGGGACUUUAGACUCUGUGCUCUUUGAUGAGACUGAAUGGGAGACUCCCUUCACCUUCAAUCCUGGACAUUUCCUGGAUGCAGAGGGGAAGUUCCGGAGGAGAGAUGCCUUCAUGCCCUUUUCAGCUGGGAAGAGAGUGUGUCUGGGGGAGCAGCUGGCUCGGAUGGAGCUCUUCCUGUUCUUCACCUCCCUUCUCCAGCGCUUCACCCUCUCUCCACCCCCUGGCAUGGAACCCAGUCUGGAGUUCAAAUUGGGGGCCACCCACAGCCCCAAACCCUACAAGCUGUGUGCUACCUCCCGCUAA